ACCAAAUAGACUUCAUCUAACCAAAUGAAGAUAAUUCCAUGAACAACAAACUUCAAGAUGAUUCUGAGUUUCGAUGAGCAAAAAAUCAACAUUAUAAUUCUUAGAUAAUAACAGUUGGAACUUUAAUCAUCACGAUUCCAGAUCUCUGAUUGAGAUUUUCCCCUGUUUCAGUUGAAUUAUUUUUUAAUUUAAUCUCAACUUUCUUCAUCCUCAUCAUCUUUUCGUCAUCAUCCUCAUCAUUUCCCUCCUUCUGAAACUGACUCCCUCCCAGUUUGCUGUCUCUGUUAUAUUCCUUCUGGCCAUAAGAAUUGAGAUUUUAUUAGUAAAUGUCAUCAGCAGGCAAAAUGUCUUCUUUAUCUUCAUCAUCCUCAUCAUCGUCUUCAUCUUCAUCUUCUCCUUGUUGUUCGAAUUCUUUUACCUCCAAUUCUUAUUCUUUUCCUAUUAAUAGUUUGUCAAAUUCAGUUAACCCGUCAUCGUCCCAACAAAUUCAAUCAUCAGUCCAUCAACAAUCACAAUCACAGCACCAGAAUCAACAUAAUCCACAACAAUCAAAUAUAAAUAACAACAACAAACUGGAAUUAAAUUAUACUCAUAAUAAUAACAUAAGUAAUAAUUGCGAUAAUAAUAAAAGUGAUAUUGAUAAUACAACUGAUAACAAUCAAGUUUUAUCAACAAUUACAAAUGUUACGACAAUCAUUGAACCAUCAGCAACGAUAGUUACAACAACGACAUCGAUACAAUCAAAUUUAAUCAACAACAAUCAGCAAGUUCAUUUCUCGGAUAAUUCAAGUAACUUAAGUACUCCAAGCCCAACAAAGGAUAUCACUGAUUUAGGAUCAAUAUCUUGUUCAAUUCUUCAUCAACAUCAACAACAAUUGCAACAAUUGAACUGUUCACCUGAUCAUCUUAAUCACCAACAACAGUUGAAAUCAUAUUCACUUGUUAAUCAUUCCAAUAAUCAACAAUUUACUAAUUAUAGUGAAAAUUUAAACACAAACGUUCAAUCAACUUACUUAGUUCCUCUUUAUAAUGAAUCGGAUAAUAACAACUCUACAAACAACGCCACUAAUUGUUAUGAAAAUGGCGACAUCGAAAUGAUCGGUCAAUGUUCAACUGACUAUUCACUGAACAUAAUACCUAAAGUCGAGCGUCGAGCUGCAAACGUCCGUGAACGAAGAAGGAUGAUCUCAAUUAACUCUGGAUUCGAAGAAUUAAGAAUUCACGUGCCAACAUUUCCUUUCGAAAAAAGAUUAUCUAAAAUUGAUACUCUUCGAUUAGCAAUCGCUUACAUUGCACUUCUAAGAGAGAUAUUAUCUUCAGAACAUGAUACUAUUACUUAUUUCGAAAAAUGUCUGGAUGGUCAAGUUCGAAAAGAAAACACCGAAGGCUGGAAAACAAGCGACUUAACUGCUCGAUUAAAUUGGAUUAAUUGGGAAAAUCUUGGUGUUAAUCCUAAUCUCCGUAAUUUCGCCAGUCUUUUAGCUCAAUUUUCAGCUAAUUCAUCACAGUUACAAGAAUUAGAACCUGAAAUAGCAGUUCCAGUCCAACCUUCAUCUAAUCCGAUUCCACACUUACCUCCUAAUAAUACUCACCUUCAUCACCAUCAUCCUCAUCCUCAUCCACACCCACACCAACAUCAACUUCAUCAUCAUCACCAUAAUCACCACCAUCACCUUCAUCAUCCUUAUUACUCAGCUAAAUAUGAAGGAGGAAUAUGAUUCUAAUCGUUUCUGCAAUUAACUAAUCACCUUUGCAAUCAAAACAAAGAAAAAAACUUAAAAUUAUCCAAAUGAUUGUAAUAUUUAUUAGCUUGUAGCAACUCAAAUUAAUUAUCAGUGUUUUUAUCAACCUGCUGAUCUCAGAAAACAUUAUUAUUGUUUAUUAUUGUUUCCUAGUCUAUUAUUAUUAUAAUUCAAUGAAAAAGUAACAAUAACAAUAACCUGUGGUCACUCAAAAUGUAAAUACUGUUUAUCCAAAUUAUGAAUCAACAGAUAAUCUAUAAUAAUAAAGUGACCAACUUAACAAAAUAA